GAUCUAUUAAAAUAUAGUACAGAAGAUAUAGAUUUCUGUACUUAUGUCACUGUGACAAUCUGUCACUGCUACCAACACGCCAAACCGAAAAAGCUGGAAGGAAAAAUAUAAAAAUCAGUUUGUUUGGAACCAGUAUAUAGGAAGUGUGCGUGUUUCAAAUCUACCAAUUCCCAAAUCAAAACACGCCUAAUUUUCGGGGGGCCCUGAAUUCGGGACUUUGAUGAAUGGUCACACGAGCCAUGGCUUCGCUGUCUCUGCCCAAAGUGCUGCACCCGAGAAAAACCAGCCUUGAGAUUGAGAGGGAGAACUUCGAAAAAUCACAGAUUUGCAUGCCAUUUUAAUCCCUUCCCAUUAAUAUUCCUUCUAAACCUUCUUAAUAUCAAAAACACCUUGCAUGCAAUUUUGUAAAUAUGGCCAGAGAGUACUCGCCAAGGGACUUGGAGAAAUACGCUCAAGCACUCCAGAAGGCUAUCAACGGUAACGAAACCCCGGUAAAGCAGAAACAUGUCAGAUCCGCGAUCAUUGGCACUUUUCAUACUCAGAGCGCAAAAGUUUUUUGGGCUUACGCUCUUCGGCUACCCUCUAUGGAUGACAGGAUCGUCGCUUGGAAGCUGUGCCAUGUAGUACAUAAGGUACUUCGAGAAGGUCAUCCCUUAUGCCUUGUGGAUAGCCAACGUCACAAGAAAGACUUGGAUGCAUUGGGCAAAUUGUGGGGCCACUUACGUGAAGGCUAUGGCAGAAUGAUCAAGUUGUACACAGCACUGUUGAUCAACAAACUGGAGUUCCAUAGGAGGAAUCCAAGGUUUCCAGGACACCUUGGUGUUACCGCUGAGGAACUAGAGAGCAUUGCUGGGAAUGAUAUAAAUAAUUACUUUGAAAUGACAGUGGAAAUGUUUGACUAUCUUGAUCAUAUUUUGGAACUCCAAGAGGCAGUGUUUGGUUCCCUCAACAUGGCGCGUUCCAACUCGAUGACAAGCGCUGGCCAAUGUCGCUUGGCCCCUCUAAUUCCAUGCAUUCAAGAUGCGUCCAAAUUGUACGACUACUGCGUCAAGAUCAUGUUCAAACUCCACAUGGCACUUCCGCCUGAUACACUCCAAGGACACAGGGAACGCUUCCUGAAACAGUUCCGCGCACUGAGGAAGUUCUACGAGAGCACCAGCAACUUACAGUACUUCAAGGAUUUAAUUGCUAUACCUCCAUUACCCGAGAAUCCCCCGAACUUCCUGAUAAUGGGCGACUUUCGUACCUACGUAACCCAAGAAGUAGUUGUCGCACCUCAGGAGCCCCCUGAGCCAGAUCAUGAGGAUGAGCCUCCUUCUGAGGGAAGCCUUAUCGACACCACUGACUCGGGUAGCGGCGGGGAAGAUAGAAACUUAGUUAGUAUGGCCGUGCAUCAGGAGAUUGUUAAUGAAAGAGAAUUUUUGAGGAGCCAGUGCGAGAAGUUGAGGCAUGAAAUUAACACGUUGAUGUCAAAAAGUGAAAGGGACGUGACGAAACUGCAGGAGAAAAUCACCAAUUUAGAGACUGACUUAGCGACGAAAGAGAGCGAACUGGUUCAAGAACGGCAAGUUAAAGAGGAUCUGUUGAAUCAAUCUUUCGCCGUUGCUCAAUCGCAAGACUCCGAACAAAAAAUGAAGAAUGAAAAAUUUGACAAACUAAAGGAACUGUACGUGAAAUUAAGGGACGAACAUAUACAAAAAAUUAGAGAGAAAGCAGAGGUAGAGAAAAAAUUAGCAAGUACAAUGAAAGACUUAGAAAGGCUCAACGAAUUAGAGUUAGAAAAACAAAGACUGGCAGAGAGUGAAACGCAGAAAACUACAGAGUUAUCUGCGUUGAAAAAGGAUAAGGAGCUGUUUAAUAUGGAAACUGAGAUACUGAAGAAAAGUGUGAAUGACGCGUGUAGAGAACGAGACGCAAUGAAGGUAGAACUGUCAAAUAUAACGCAACAGAAAGAAGAAUUAAAAGAGAGAUCUGAAGAAUUGAGUAGUAGAUUGAUGAACUUGGAAGAGGAACUCGGCAAUGAACAAAAAGAACUCCAAAACAGGCUCCAAGAACUAGUCUCCAGCUCUGUAUCAAACAGUGAGAAUAUUCUGAAACACGCUAUUGAUGAAUUGGAUAACCCAGCGCUAACAGCUUUGACUUGCAGUCCCGAUUAUUUGCGCAGUUUGACCAACGGAUGCUUAGAGUGCCUUGAGAGAAGUCUAUCUGCCAAAGAACCUUCAAAGAUUAUCACCACAGCGAGUAGCAUAGCGCACAGGCACGCUAUCUAUAUCCUGCAAGGCAGAGCUACUUGUAAUGCCAGUCCUGAUAUCACUUUUGGAGAGAAAAUGGCAGAAGCGUGUAGAAUGCUUGGGGAAUUGGUUCUGAAGGUUUUAAAAGGACUUCGAGAAAACACCAACACGGAAAAAUACGUGAAUGGAGCUAAAGAAAAAUUGGAAGAGGUCGCUUCUUUAGCUGACAGUAUAAACGUGUCUCUACUAGGGGAAAAGGCUGAAAACUUGGCUGAUAUGUUGGAGAGUGAAAUGUUGGAAAUGGACAAAGCUAUCGAAGAGGCUGCAAAUCGGAUACAGGAUAUGUUGACGAAUUCUCGGGCCGCCGAUUCCGGAAUCAAACUAGAAGUAAAUGAAAAGAUUUUGGAUUCAUGCACGACACUGAUGCAGGCUAUCAGAGUUUUGGUAAAGAAGUCGAGGUUUUUACAGGCAGAAAUCGUCGGACAGGGUCGAGGUACAGCGAGUGCUAAAGAAUUUUACAAAAGGAAUCAUCAAUGGACAGAUGGAUUCAUCUCAGCUGCCAAAGCAGUUGCUGUGGCUGCCAAGUUUCUUCUAACCGCAGCUGACAAAGUGGUGACCUCUAACGGCAAAUUGGAGCAACUUGUGGUAGCUGCUCAAGAAAUUGCAGCAUCUACUGCACAGCUAGUGGUUGCUAGUAGAGUAAAAGCAGAUAGAAACAGUACGAAUCUUCAAGCGUUGACAGCAGCGUCUAAGGGAGUCACUACAGCUACAGGAACAGUUGUUGCGACUGUUAAGGAUUGUGGGCAGCUCAUUGAUGAAGCAGCUCACCGCCUGGCGUACCAUUCCGGCUGACUAAUAUAUCCAAACUGCAGCGCACAAACAUAUGCAUGGAACGGACGAUAACUCGCUGCAGCGGUGCUUCGGUGGCUGCUGCUACGCUGAUUCGGGAAGAGACAAUUUUGCCAGAUUGGCAGUAACUACCGAAGAACUGGAUGUAUCCAACCUAACCCUUCACCAAGCCAAACGCUUAGAAAUGGACAGCCAGGUGCGCGUCCUCGAGCUAGAAAAAGAACUGGAACAAGAACGGUACCGCUUGGCACGGCUUCGCAGGCACCACUACCAACUGGCAGGAGAGAACGAGACUUGAGACCCGGCGCAACCCUCGUACCGGGUACUCUUCGUGGCACAACCAUCAUCAUCAUCAUCACGUUGGCUCGACGACGCGAAGUGCGUGCUGAUUCCCACGCAACAAAGUGGUACCUUAAGCACUGAAUCGCCGGUGAUUAAGAAGUAAAGUAGUUUCAUUCCAUGACCGUAGUACCUAUUUGUGAGUCUGUCGCGCGGGGACAGGCCACAAGGAUGAACUUUUUGCGAGAAAAAAAAAAACAGAAGUUUGCAUGUAACAGGUAAUUCAUUUUGAGAGGUGCAAUGAAAAAGGCACUAAUAUUUACUUCGUUCAAAUAUCGACUGUUACUAAGGUCAAAGUGGUCCAUUCUGUAACUCCAGUUUUCGAUGACGCGUCCGAGCAUUUGAGUGGUAUUUGACCACUAUCUCGUUCUGAUACCGGUCUAUUUGCAGCUUGAAAUUUAAGUCCCUCAUUUUCAGAACAUUUGGCUUCUAAAAGAAAGCGUGGCGCUACUUUAAGCGCAUCAAUAAAACCAUGGCUUUACUCCGACAACAUUUUGGCAAGCAGUUAAUUUCUCGUUUCAGACCGAUACAUUGGCCACCUAGAUGACCCUUCGUUUGGUGUUAUGUGAAUAAGAAAGUACGAUUGAUUAAUUAGACAUUGGCAUUGCUUGCAUUAUUCUCUAAGUAUGGAAAGCACGAACCAGAAGUGUUCAAAACUGAGUUAGUUUGCUGCCGAAAACAUGAAUUUGUGGUGUAAUUAGUUUCGUACAAGUAUUGUAAUAGGAUUAAGAAUAUCUCAUUAUUCCUAGACAGAACUCCGGAUGUAUCCAGUUCUAUAUGUUUUCACUAACAUUGAUUUAGUUUUGAAUGGAUGUAUCCAGUUCCAUAUAUUUGAUUUAGUUUUGAAUCAUUUCGAUUGGUACGCACCGCCCUAAAGAUCGCUCGACACGUCAUGUAAAAUUAUAAUACCAAAAUGGACCGAGUUACCCACAGUGACAGCUAAUAUUUAAAGAAAUAUUUUUCAAUAAACGAGUCUCCUGGAUGCUUCUUUUGUUUGAUAUUAACGAUGACCCGAUAUAAUCGAUCGGUUGUGUUGUUUAUGUUUUUGAAAAAAGUACCUCUAAAUAAAUUCACAUUACUACUCUAUGUUGGAUUCUCAUUCUAAUUUCGUUCCGACUUGGAUAGUGUCUUGCUAGAAUAGCUAGUAACUGGCUUCUGUCCAUCUCGUAAUGGGCGAUUCAUUUAGAGGUACUUUUUUGAAAAGCAUAAAGAACCAAAAGCAGUCAACUGUGGCUGACAAUGUGUGUUAUCAAACAAAUCCAUGACAUUGCUACAUUGGUUUUUUGAAAAUUAUUUUUCCAAAUGCUGGCCUUUAUCGUUUUCUAUUUUGAAAUACACAUUCUACAUAAUGCGCACUAACUGACAUUUGCAAGAAGAUAUUUUCAAAAACUGAAUGUCAAGAGUACAUCUUUUCCUCGGAAAAAAAUCCUCUAUAUAAAUCACUCCGUAGUCGAGAAAGUCCACUACCAACUUCAAAUAUUUAAUGCCCUGCGGUUUGUGAUAGUAGAAACGCGGUUCGAGCCAACAUAUAUACAGUCUGUUACCACAAGUACUACACAGUGAGCAUCGUGGGAGUGUAAGUCUCAACACUGUCCCGAAACACCGAUGCUACUCCUUUCAAAAGAUGUCCUCCAGGGCAGUGUUGUCACUUUUACGUCCUAUGGUCCUGUGAUCCUCGUAACAUACUGCAUGUAAUAUAAUUUAAGUAAUCUUACCAGUGAAAAUGUGAAGAUAUUGAAUACAAGUUUUUUACACAAAUGUAUGUCAUUAAGUGUUAUAUUGCAAAAUGUUAAUUUAUUAACAAGUUAGCGUAUUUUCAAGUAAUUGUUGUACUUGAUACAUUUAUUUACUGUACAUUUUAUAUGUUCAUAUUGGCUUUUAAGAGAUUUACAAAAUAUACCAUUAAUAAAAGAUAUG